AGUCAGCUACGGGACGGACAAUGGCGCGGUAAAACAUAUUAGUGGUUUCGUAUUUUCUGCGAUCUUAGCUCGUCGAACCGUCAAUCAUUAAUCGAAAUAUCGUCGAAUUACCUCAGCAAGAUCCAGAGAUGCUGGCCGAAAUGUCGCUGGUUCGACGCGUUAUGAAGGUUACGGAUAUAAAUGAUCGGCCUUUACGGCUUCGCCGAAGAAGCAACGAAGGUGAAUUUCGUGCAUUUUCCAAACCAUCAACAUUCCGAAUACCGUAACUAUUUCGGGCAUUUUGCGUGUCUCAACCUGCGCGAUUUUGAAGGUGCGACUGGGACGUUGUGAUUGGUCGAGCUCGAGCUGCGCCGGCGCGCUGCGUCGUUUCUCGAGAAUCUCAAUCGUGCGAUGUUCAGUCAGUUGUGGAACGUGUUGCGCCGCGGACUUUCGUAUUCGAUGAGUCGCUCCGUAUUCUUCGCAACCUCGACUCGCCGAAGGUGAGUUUCGCGUACGUGUCGCCCGAUGGUCCCGAAAACAAGAGUAUCGUGCGUUUACUCAGUAAGCUGUCGUGAAAUAAUCACCGAUAAUGAGCAGCUCGCGCUUGAGAACGUCGAGCAAGGUGCCGUAUACACAUCGGGUUAUGGUCGUUUGAAGGCGACUUCCUCCGCCUGUCACGAUUUCUUCCUACCGAAGCGAACGACUCAUCGCCGACUCAUUGCUGCGAAUGUCACAGGAAUAGAAAACGAAUUCCGAAUCUCGAGGGGACGGCCGUUCGGAGUGUUGAGUGAAGUGCCGCGCGUAUCGGUCGAGAGUCUUCGAGAAUCGCAAGAUCGCAAUAUGGCGGUCAAUUGUGGGAGGGAUCGCGGCGCGGCAUUACGUACCGGAGGAGCCGUGUCCAGUGUUCUUCGCGACGUCGGAGACGUAUUGCGCGCGACUCGUUGUCCUUGGGAAUGCCAAGGUAAGUUUCACGCGUUGCUUCGUCUCGACGUGUCGUGUCGCGAGGUCACCGAAUGAAUGACCAUUACCGCGAGACGGCGGCUGUAUCAGCGGUGCGCAGCGAAGUGCGGUUCGUUAACGGAAGCUCCGAAAUCGUGUUCUACAUUCAUGACUCGCCGAAGGAACACGAUCAUAAAUCCAACUUGCGAGCCGUAUCGCACUAAUUAAAAUCUACAAUGGCAGUUAGGUAGUUGUGGAAAUUAACAUUAGACAUUCGUGAACUUCAAGCGUAUUUUUAUCCAAUUGAAGAUGUAAAGAACACAACCAUAAUGAAGCCACAGAAGAAGGCUGUUGUUGCCAAAAAGGCAACGAAAAUGCCAACAGUCGCCAAGAAACGUCGCACACCUACGGAGAAGACUAUGCCCGACGUGAAGAAGGAGAAGAAAUCAAGGAAAAAUGACAAAUUGGAGGAUCCGAAGAGGAAGGUAGACAAUGAGAAGAAGAAGUUGGAGAAGGCGGAGGAAAGGAAGAGGCCGGACGAUAAGAAGAAGAUUGAGGAAAAGAAACGAUCCGAGAAGGUAGAGGAGAAGAAGAAACAGCUAAGGGACUGCGAGAAGAAGGCCGACAGAAUUGACGAGAGGAAGACGGACAAGACGGAUGAUAAGGCGAUGAGCGAAGAGAUCGGCCACGAGAGCGCAGACAAGAAGAAAUUGCAAAAAUGUGAGGAGAAAGCGAAAUUGGAGAAGCCAUCUGUCGAUAAUAAGAAGAAAAUUGAGAAAGUGGACGACAAGAAGAAGAGUGCGAAGUUGGACGAAGCGGACGCGGAAGAUAACUCGAAGUCCCCAAGUACGACGGAAGAUAAGGAUGCGCUUGAAGAUAAGACCGAUGCUCUCACUCUGGUCAGCAAGAAAAGGGCCAAAGACGAGAAGAAGAAGGAUGUGAAGCCGAUGAAAUCCGAUGUAAAGUCAAUAUCAAAAAGUUCUACGGCCAAGGACAAGAAAUCCGAUCGGAAGAAGGCUCCGGAGAAAGACUCGGCGAGCAAUAAGAUUACCGUUGCCAAAGCGAGGAAGGAUCCGAAAACGAAGCAGGUCAGCCAGAAGAAGAGCAGCAGCGUCGCGCGGAAAACAGUUUUAACGAAGAAGCCUCACUUGUCGGUGGUCAAGAGGCUGGUGGAUAAGAAGAUCAAGCUGAUCAAGCCGAUAAAAGACGAGGAGGAGGUGAAGAGCAGCGAGAGCGAGGACGCGACGAAGAAGACGACGAAGAAGAAGAGCGUCGCCAAGGGUAAAGUUAUGCCGGAGAAGAAGUCGAAGCUGGGCAAGCAGAUGAAAGCCAAGCUGCCUCCGAAACAGUCGAAGAUCAGCGCCGUUCUGAAGAAGGAGGACAAGCUGAAAAGCAUCACGGACAAGAUCAUGGCCAGGAGGAAGAUCGAGCUGAAGGAGUCCGAGGAAGCGCCGGCCGAGCCCAAGAAGAUGGCGAGCAAGGACGAGGUCUGCCAAGGGCCGGACACGAGCAGCAUCAAGAGCGAGGUCGAGGAGGAGAAGGAUCCGGACAAGAGUAAGGAAGAGAGCACUUGCGCGACCAAGUUGCAGGAUAAUAAGAAAGCGGUGAAAAGCGGCGUCAAGACGAGCGGUAAGCCGACCGGGAAGAAGACCGGGAAGGCGAUCAAGGUACAAACGGAGAGCAAUAAUCAAACGUCGCUCGCGUCCGAGGAGACACUCUCCGAGGAAUUGCACAAACAGUCGAAGCCGCACGAGGAGGGCGGCGCGAGGCCGGUCGUGAAUUCCAAGCUGGAGCAGAUCGGCGCCGAGAACAAGAUCGAAUUAGACCUAAAGGUCGAGGCGAUGAAUGGCGGCGAGAGCGCCGGCGGUGUUACGUCUCAAUCCGACUCCGAGGGCGAUUCCGACGACGAGUACAAGAAGAGCAGCAGGCCGCGGGGGGACGCGAAGAGCAAAGAGGGGACUAACUCGCCGUCGGACGAGCGCGCGCGGCGAAUGCGACUUUUUGGCUUCUGGAGUGGACCAAAACGACACAGGGUCGCGUCAUUGAAUGCCUUGGCUAAAGUUCACUGCCUCUACGAAAACGAGACCGGUGGGGUUUAUCUCGGCGGUUAUUGCAAACCGAAGCCCGAGAAGGAGAAAGACAAGGAGAAGCCGAAGAAGAUGAAGGAGGAGAAGGAGGAGCAGCAGCAGCCGCCACCGCCGCGUAAAGAGAAGGAGAAGAAGGUCGAAUGCAAAACGGAGGAGAACGUGCUGAAGAGGAAACUGAGGAACGUGCCGGGUCUCCGCGGCAAACACUGGGACAUGCUGGAGAGUUCGUCCUCGUCCUCGUCCUCCUCCGACGAGGACUGCGAGAAGGAGAAGAGCGCCGAGCCGAGCAAGAAAAAGUUGACCAAGAGGCGGCGGCGGAACGAGGAGGUGAUGGACCUGAAGGACAUGGUCGUUUGCAAAAGGAUGGCCAGUCUUAAUGCCACUGCCAUUUUGGCUGCUUCCUACUCCGAUGAGAAAAAUCGUUGUGGUAGCAGCAGUGAUUCCUCCAGCGAGUCGGAAGUAGAGAUAAUUAAGAGACGUAGACAAAACGACUCCGACGUAGAUAAGAAGAAGUCCCGGCAAGGCUCCGAUCCGGACGAGGUUAUUAAGCCAUCCAAGAAGGUUGUCAUCGUUAACCAGGACACGGACGUCACCAUCACCGGUGUUUACGUCAAUCAGACUCGAUCCACCCAUCACGAGGGCUACUGCAGUAUCGCCGGUAUGCAGUACAGGAUCAGUUCCACCAGCCACACUCAAACUGCUGCCACCGCGGUGGCCACGGAGCUUCACGAUCAGCAAAAGCCGGAGCAGCCUUGCAAAUCUUACACACCGCUGGGUGCGUUGUCUUCUAUGCAGCCGCCGGGUAGCCAGGGCAAUCAUCCCAACAUGUCACCUCGCAGGCACUCGGCGUUCUCGGCCCCUCAUCAACAUGGGUAUUAUCAGCCGGCUGGUCCACUGAUACAGCACCCGCCUACCUUACCGCCCGUUAAAGGUCCACCUCCGGAACCGACGCCCACGCCUCCGCAAAAUUCCGAGGGUUCCGACGACUUGGUGGCGACCUCGACGACCUCCGGAGGCACGAGUAGCACGGGUGGAGGCUUUUAUAGGGCAUAUUGCCCGCAGUACUACGGCACGCCGCCGCAGUAUCCGGAUCUGUGUUAUCCGCCGACGUAUUCGCAUCCUCACCCUCAUCCGCCGCAUUACUACAAAUAUGCGCCCUACAGAAGGCAAUACUAUGGCUAUCAAGAGUCCGGUGGGGGAGGCGGACCGCCCGGCAGCGGGGCCGCCGGGGGUGGCCCUGGAGUCGUUGAUUACCAGCCGCCGCCGCCGCCCGGCGAAUAUCCGUUGCCACAUUAUUACGGGGGAUACCCCCCGCCCCCUCCGCCACCGCCACCUCCACCGAACCCGGCAUAUCUGCAUUCUCAGGGAAGACCUUUCGUAGACCCCUUUCAGGGAUGUCCAUGCCCGAUGCAAUCGUGUCCAAAAAACGUGGAUACUGGGGCCCUUAUUGGUAAUGGUAAGGGAGCGCCAGUGAUAUCGGGGACCGGUCCGUCAUUGCCACCCAGUGCUUUGGUAGGUCCGCCCUCGCCGGCGAGGGGGUUAGCCGGGCUUGCGCCCCCUCACGGUGCCAACGCCUGGGAUACGGAACGCGUCCAACUCAACGCAUCGCACCGCAACCUGAAUCAGAACCAGCCGACUUCGGUCCCGCCGUCGCACAACCUGGUCGGUGGGCCUCACAGCCGCCCUCAGGGCCAGGACUGUAGAAGUAGUAGUAAGGACGAGAAAAAUUGUACGGAGGACAAGAUGAGAAAGUGCGCUUGUCAGAAACACGCGUGCACGUCCACCUGCGAGGUCAAGGUGGAGACGCUGUCGCCGACUGAGAAACUGUCGGUGGCGGCUGGCUGUCCCGCCAGCAAGUACCACAAUUUCAAGAUGGAGAACAACAACGUGAAAUGCGAGUCCUGCAGCAUGGAGCUCGGCGACGGGCUGCCGUGCGUCGCCAACUGCAACGUCAAGUGCGAGUCGGACUACAAGUGCGACAUCAUGAAGUGCGAGCAGUGCAUGAAGGAGGGCGGGAUCGUCCUGGAGCUCGACAAGAACCCCGGGAUCGUGCUGGACGAGAAGCUGGACGGCGACCCGAGCGUCAAGGAGGAGCUCGACGUGGUGGUGAUCGAGAAUGAGAACUGGAAGAAGCCGGAUUACGAGCCGACCGUGCGGGAGACGGUCGACGACAAGCGGGAGGAAGAAGAUCGCGAGGAAGAGGAUGAGGAGGAGGAGGAGGAGGAAGCGGUGGCGGAGGCGCCGCCGGUGGCCGAAGCCGAGGAGCAGCCGAGGUGCCAGAAGGUGACGAAGCGGAAGCUCUCGUUGGACAGCUUGUCGGACAGCAGGAAGAAGCGGAAGACGAGCAAGCGAGCUCUGUCGGUCGGUUCGUCGCAGGACAGCGAGCAGCGCGUCGACAACGAGCAGCCGCCGGUGAAGGCCGUCGUGCCGAUCGAGCCGUUGCCGAGCAAGACCGCCGAGGACGACGUCGUCAGGCCGGUCGAGACGACGAACGCUCCGAAGAAGAAGCAGCCGAAGAAGGAGGUGCUGAAGCAAGAGAAGAGCAAGCGCAAGGCGGAGGGCCCGAGCGCGGCCGAGAGCGCGUCGAAGAAGGCGAGGACCGGCAAGCAGAGCGUGAACAAUGGCGCGAUCAGCUGCGCGAAGCAGGCCGCCAGCGACACCUCGAUCAUGGAGACCAUCGACAAUGUGAUACAGCAGAGCCUGCAGAUGACGCAGAGGAGGGAGCGCAAGAGUAAGAACUGCGAGCGCGCUGAGAAGAAGAGGAAGCUCGACGAGGCGCCGUCCGCGCUGAAGAAGAACGCGAAGAAAGCGGAGCCGGCGCCGCCGGCGAAGGAAGCAGCGGUGACGCUCGAGAAGCAGCCCGCUAAAGUCGAGAAGCAGCCGGCGAAGGUGGAGAAGCAGCUGGCGAAGGUGACGACGAGGAACGGCCAGGUGAAGGGCAAGACGGACGCGAGAUCGAAGUCCAAGGUGGCGUCGCAGGAGGUCGCGAGGAGCAAAGGCAAGGGCAAGGCCGGCAAGAUCGUCGAGAGCAAAGCCCAAGAGAGCAGGACGCAGGAGGCGAAGUCCAGGACGCAGGAGGCGAAGUCGAGGGACGCCUCGAAGAAGCGCGACGCCAUCUUGCCGAAGGGGAAAGCGAGCGAGCCCGUGGCCGAGGAGCCGAAGAAGCUCGCCGCGAACAACAAGAAGAAGCGGAAGAACGCGAAGAAGCCGAGCGUGAAGAAGCAAACGCCCGGCGGCAAGGUGGAGGACCCUUCGGCCGGGAACGAGAGUCUGGCGUUAACGAAAAGGGUCUUCCUGAAGCCGCGCUGGAGCAACGGCUGGAGCUGGGAGGGCGAGCCUUUCGAGAGCAGGGUGUAUUUAACGAACGAGGAGUACGCGACACGGCGCUGUUACGCGAGCAUGAGGCACGAGAGCGGGGACGUGCUGAGGCCCUUGGACUGCGUGUUGCUGAAAAGCGGGCCGCGCAGGGCCGACCUACCGUUCGUGGCGAAAAUCGCCACCCUCUGGGAAAAUCCGGACGAUGGCGAAAUGAUGUUUUCGCUGCUGUGGUAUUACCGGCCCGAGCACACGGAACAGGGUCGGACGGAGUACGACACCGAGGACGAGGUGUUUGCUUCGCGUCAUCGAGAUGCAAACAGUGUCGCUUGCAUAGAAGACAAAUGUUAUGUCCUAACGUUUAACGAGUACUGUCGAUAUCGUAAGAAUUUACGGAGGAUCGAGGAAGGUUUAGAGAGUCCUGGCUUGAUAGUUCCGCCAGGGGACCAAGUGUAUCCGAGGGAGGGUCGGCAGCCUCCUAUAACGGCAUCGUCGGACGUGGUGCUGUUCUGCCGACGUGUCUACGACUACCGCGGGAAGAAGCUCAUGAAGAACCCCGGAUGACUCGACUUCCUGUAAGAUGCCUCGAAUAGGAACCAACGGGAUGACGCGCUACGUUCCGAGAACAUAUUCAUUGCGAAAACUGGCCGCCAGCUCCCCCCUUCAGGCGUGCGAUCGCGUCGCUGUUGAUCGAUUUGUCUUGAUUUCGAAGGGGCAACGAGAUCCGAUCGUUCUCGGGGCGCUCCGAGUUCCGCGGCGGCUCAUCCAGCCGCCUCCGCUCUUCUCCGUUUCUCCCCGCGGACCUUAUCGAUAUUCGCAAGAGAGAGAGAGAGAGAGAGAGCGAACGAGCGAGCGGUACUUCCGGUGUCGCUCGACGAGAAGGUGGAGAAGGUGGACGCACGGAGUCGGAACGGCCCGAUCGCCGAUCGGAUCUCCUUCUCACCUCACCAAACGCGUAGAUAGAUCCUUAGAAGAGGACGUCGCGUCGGCGAAGAUUCGCGGAAAAGGGAGACGAAAAGGAAAGACCGAAUGGUAGGAGGAAAUAAGAAAAGAGAGAGAGAGAGAGAGGGAAGAACGGCACGUCGUAUACAAUUAUGUAUCGCGUAUACAUAUAUACAUAUAUAUAUUUAUAUUCGUAAGGCUAAAAAUACCCCUAUCGCCGCUUAUAUUAAUCCGUCUUUUUAUCCUGCUCGUCUGCGAUAUUACCGACAGAAAUCAUGAUGAAUCGUUCAUUAAUUCUGGUGAUAAGACCGUCGCGUUGCAGCGUCCGGACUCGCGUCCGCGGAGAGAGAGAGAGAGAGAGAGAGAGAGAGAGAGAGCCGAGCGAGAGACGGGCCACGCGUCUCACCCAGAGAGAUCACGCACUAGUCCCGACGAUCGCGAAAAUACUUCCUCCUCCCUGUACGUUCCUUCCCUCCUCCCCCCGUGUCUCGGUGCCAAGGAGGGCCCGCAGGGCCGAUCACACACGCGCCGCAUGUUCCUCUCUCGCGGCCGGGCUCUCUUCCUUCGACUCCGCUUUCACUCCCGAGCGUUGUCUCUCCGGCGACGCGAGUCCGCGACGUCCGCGGGCAGCGCGGGUCGCGUCGAUAACGUGUAAGCUGUUUCUAGGGGGCGAGUUAGCGGGAUUUGACAAUUUUAUAGAGAGAAUCAUAUUUUUUGUGAGAUAGAGAGCAUUUACAACAAUACACUUAAAUGGAUAUUUUUCACAUAGGAGGUACAAAUGCGCGCGGCGGUUAAAACGCGCGCGCGAGAGCGCGUGUCGCGCGCGGCGCCUGCGGGAACGGGGGAGCCCCGCGGUCAGUUACAUCGGCGAACCGAUAGGAAUCAAAAGCAGCGGCAGAUCGAACCCACUCGACCAUUUUAGUAGCGCGAAUAGCGAGCGUAAGUGUUGUACUAAGUCCGAUCGGGCUGUGUCCCGCGUGCGCCGCCCGAUGCGAGGGGGCGACGAGACAUCCAAGCGUGUGCGACAUCAUUGUUAGGCACUUCCAUUUGAAUCCCCGUGGAAAAUAUAUCCCGUGUUUCGCAUCUAUCUGCCGGGCGAGAGGGGAAGGGGGAGGGGCGUUCUCCCCCGUCGGAGACCCGACGCGCAUACGUCAUCUUCAUGAGCGUUAGAGAUCAUCGCGACGGUGAGAAAUGCAAUUUUUACGGCCGGUGCCGAAGAGGGCACGCGAAACGCACGGAGGUUGGAAGUGGCUCGAUUCUACCCUCUCGGGCUUUGCGAUCGAGACUCGCUCGGAGGGACAUCGAGCGUAUCGAUACUGUGCAAGAUUUUUUACGAUUUUUACCCUUACGAUGGAAUUUUUUUUUUCUUCUUUUUAUGAAUUUUGCGCCGGCUCACUCUGUGAGUGAGACUUUGUGAGAUCGAGUUUACCGUGUUUACAUUGACAAACGAUAUAUCGUGUUCUACUGACUGUCAAGUUUCGCGAUCCGCUACGAACGCAUGCAUGAUUCGAUCGUUUCACGCGCUCUGAUCGAUGCAUAUCUGUGUUGAUUUGUAUCCGGAUGUACGAACGUUCGAGACCCUCGGAGCGUUGAAAGGGGAAGAAUGGCGCCAUUUCUAAUUGGCACGCUACGCAAGGAGACAUUGUUUGUUCGUUUUUGAAUGUACAAUGAUAAGGGGUCCUUCCGAGAGGAAUUCAGAAGACACGCAGACAUCGUCGGGAACCUUUGUGUUUUCGGACCCGUCACGCACCGCGAGUCCCUUCUAAGUAUAGAUUCGACAAUUUUUUCCCCCUUUUUUUCUUUCUUACGAUUAUUCCUCCGAUUUGGAUCACGAUCUCUCUGAUCCGUAACGAGAAAGCAAAGUGUAACUGUAUAUUAUCUUUAUGACUUUUCUUAUAUAUAUAUAUAUAUAUAUCUAUAUAUAUAUAUAUAUAUAUAUAUAUAUAGGCAUACGUGUAUCAUUUCGAGUCACACAGAGCACUAUUGCUGUAUCAAGAACACGUGACGCGAGAAGCUUAACCCUUGACUUCCACGCGGGCCGACGAUCUCAACCGAGUUCGCUUGCGAGUUGAGUGCGUUUCUGAAGGAAGGAGAAAAUAGGACGCAACGAAAAUUCUGUUAUUCGGAGAGAACGCGACGGGAGAGACGAAUGUGCGUGAAAGAGAGAUGACGUAGUUUUUGCGCUCGCCGAUUGGAGGGGAAAGCCAAGCUCGAAAGUUCCGUAAUAGGCGAGAGAGUGAUCCACGUUAACGUAUGUAAGAUAAGAUGUUAAAGGCCACGUCCGCGGUUUGAGGGUUAAUCCUCUCACGCGAAUCACAUCAUCGCGAGUUUACGAAAAUUCACGAGGUCAUCGGCGAGGUCAUGACGACGGGACUUCGGGACGCAGUUAUUUCUGUGGAAAUUUCGAGUAAACGUUAAUACUUGUUGAGUGGCGGGUGUGUUUUGUUAGAAACCAUAUUAUUUAAAAUUAAUAUAUUGAUGAUAUAGGAUUAUUAUUUAAUAUCUAAUAUAUUGGACGUAUAGAUGUUAUACAUAAGUUAUUUUCCGCGAGAGAAAGGGAGAGCGAGAGCAAGGGUGAGAGUGAGGGAGAGAAAGAACGCGAAAGAGAGAGAGAGAGAGAGAGAGAGAGAGAGAGAUAUGAUUAGGAGUGCGCGUAGUCUUGUUCCUGUAUGUGUAUGUGUGCAUGCGAAAGAAAUCAGAGCGAGAGAGAAAAUGUGAAGAGAAGAAAACAAGCGCUGAUCGUGGACGAGCGAACCGAAAAUCUCGUGGUAAUGAGAGAGAGUGUGAGAGAAAGGGAGAAAAUGUAGCGAAAGAUAGAAAGAGAGAGAGAGAGAGAGAGAAUGACCGUACUUGUGAGAGAUUCCGUGAUAAUACCAAAAGGUUCUUUAACUCACAUGGAAAAGAAAAGAAGAAGAUAAUCUUUUCGUUGCGACAUACAACGGGCGCGUUGUUCCUAACGCGUAGCUGCACCCGGUAAACGCACGCUCGACGUCGGUGCGUUCCCAUGUGAUCAACGAGGUAUCGAGACUCCUAGUGUUUUUACGUAAAACGCCGUACACUCGCGCGUGGGUGGAUUUCACAGAACGGGCGCAGUUCCGAUCGAACGCCGAGGCGCGCCCGAGUCCUCACGGCAACAACAAACGCACUUCCGCUUUCCUCCGUGUUCAUCAUCAAUCGGGAGACCGAGAGAGAGAGAGAGAGAGAGAGG